CCACUGACCGGAGCCCUGGAGAUCAAAGCCAACCAGGGACACUCCAUAGCACAGGUUUCUGAUGCUGAACUAAUACCUAUUCUAGAGGUGAACAACUAUAUCCGUGACCAUGGAAGCUUCAGGAGGAGAACCAUCAGACCCAAGAUCCGCCCGCAAAGUCGAAUCACCCUCCUUUGCUCCGACGCCAUUGGGACCGAAGGUCGCUCCCUCCGCCCCUAAGCCUUUCCCUUCAAAAUCUAACUCUCAGUCGCCAAUUAAAGUCGCUCAAACUUCUUCCAACAUAAAUACUGCUUCGGACCAGUCUGUCAGACCCCAGUCAGUCAGUCCGGCGAGUUCUAUUCGUGCUGUAUCAUCUAACUCGUCAGGUUCCCCUGGUUCGUCGCCUCCUCCAGGGCAGUCUUCUACACCAGUUGGUACUGUGGCUUCAGAGUCUAAACCCGCUGCGCCUGUCCAGGCACCCCAAUCGGUCAGUCCCACGACUCCUAAUGCGACUGUGUCACCAAACUCGCCAAAUGCCCCAGGUUCAUCGACCAAACUAGACAAGCCUUCUCUCCCAGUUGGUGCUGUGGCUUCUGAACCUACCCCCGUUACGCCGCCUGUCCAGACACCCAAGGCGGUUAGUCCCACGACUUCUAACCCGACCGCAUCAUCAAGCUCGUCGAGUUCCCAUGCUCCAUCGCCUACUUUGCCACCUGGUGGGUCAGGUUCGGCGUCUUCAGGGUCGAAACCGAGCACACCUAGCAAGACAGUUGCGCCGGUUGUGACCGCGUCUCCUAAACGUAAACCCACGACAUCCGGGAAAGCACUGCAGUCGGUUGGUCCCGCAUCAUCUCCUAGCCGCAACCCUACUCCUGGCCCGGCCAAACAGCCUCCCAGGAAUUCAGGGCCGAAUGGCCGUGGAAAUGAGGGCUCCCCUCGACACAACCCGCGCAGGUAUCGCUCCAACGGCGAUCGUGAGUCUGCUAUCGAAGACCCGAAAAGAGUACUGGUUACCGGCUACCCACAGUACGCGCUGGCUCCAGACCUACUGCGAGUGUUCGCCAAGUUCGGGAACGUUAAAGUGGACAGGAUCAACAACAAGGUCGCGAUUCUGUCCUACCCCACCGCGGAGGAGGCCAAGCAGGCCCUACAGGAAUCGAAGAGAGUGAACGUCUACGGCGAGUUUCUGACGGUGCGGCCCUACACCGACCAGCGCUAUACGGACCUCAACUACCGCCCGAUGAUCAACAAGUUUGACUUCCCACGGACCAAGCAGAAAUCUAUGCCGUACGACCCGAAGCAGCUAGACUUCAGCGGGGACUUCGACAGACAGCUGGAGGGACUAUUAGCUGCCGUGCGACUGUCAAAGGACGCCGUCAACAAGCUCUCUACGCUCUACACAGAUGUGGAGCGCGCGCUACAGCCCACAUGGCCGGGUUGUGUGGCCAUCCCUUUCGGCUCCAUCACGACCGGCCUCGGCGUGCGCACAAGCGAUGCCGACUGCUUCGUGCACAUUCCCGCGCAGUUCCGCAACCCGCAGAUCAAUUUCGUGCAGCGAGCUAAGCGCAUCCUACAAAUGUAUCCCGAUGUGUUUUCCGAGAUACUGUCCAUCCCUCGGGCCAACACCCCGAUCGUGAAGUUCUUCCACGUGCCGACGGAGACCAACUGCGACUUGACGUUCAAGACGCCGCUGGGCGCGCAGAACAGCAAGCUGGUGGCGUUCCUGCUGCACGCCGAUCCUCGGCUCAUUCCCAUGGCCGUCGUCAUCAAGUACUGGGCCAAGGUCCACGAGUUCUCCGGCACGGGCAAGCUGACGAACUACGCACUGACGAUGCUGAUGGUGUUCUACCUGCAGCAGCCGCCGCGCGCGCUGCUCCCGCCCGCGCGCUGGCUGCAGCGGGACCCUCAGCGGGACCGCCUGGUGGACGGCUGGAACACCGGCUUCGACGACUCGCAGGUGCGUAUAUACCUGACGAACUACGCGACGAUGCUGAUGCUGUUCUACCGGCAGCAGCCGCCGCGCGCUGGCUGCAGCGGGACCCUCAGCGGGACCGCCUGGUGGACGGCUGGAACACCGGCUUCGACGACUCGCAGGUGCGUAUAUACCUCCGCCGCGCGCUGGCUGCAGCGGGACCCUCAGCGGGACCGCCUGGUGGACGGCUGGAACACCGGCUUCGACGACUCGCAGGUGCGUAUAUACCUGACGAACUACGCGACGAUGCUGAUGCUGUUCUACCGGCAGCAGCCGCCGCGCGCUGGCUGCAGCGGGACCCUCAGCGGGACCGCCUGGUGGACGGCUGGAACACCGGCUUCGACGACUCGCAGCAGCCGCCGCGCGCUGGCUGCAGCGGGACCCUCAGCGGGACCGCCUGGUGGACGGCUGGAACACCGGCUUCGACGACUCGCAGGUGCGUAUAUACCUGACGAACUACGCGACGAUGCUGAUGCUGUUCUACCGGCAGCAGCCGCCGCGCGCUGGCUGCAGCGGGACCCUCAGCGGGACCGCCUGGUGGACGGCUGGAACACCGGCUUCGACGACUCGCAGGACUCCCUACCGCCGAGCACGAACACGGCAACGAUAGCUGAGUUAAUCGGCGGGUUCUUCGAGUUCUACUCCAUGUUCAACUUCGAGGAGAUGAUCGUGUGCCCAUACCUGGGCACGGCCGUCAACAAGAAGGCCUUCGAGCCCGCCGGCGUCGCGCCUGACGAAUUCGCGAUAUACAGGGCUAAUGUUCUCGCAGGACGGGCGUUGCCUCUGAGAGCCUCAACAUCCUUCUGCGUUCAGGAUCCGUUCGAGCAGAGCCACAAUGUAGCCUCGGCCGUCAGCCCGCGGCUCGCUGCCGAAAUCAAAGCCUACCUGAAGUUCGCCGCCAACGCCUACGAGAAAGAUAAAGCCACCGGCUGCACAAAUUUCCUACGGGAGCUGCUCCUCGAGCGACCUAAAUUCGCGCGCGUCAAGUCCAACCCGGAGUACCGAGUCAACCUUUUCCCGCGCAUCAUCGUCACGAUUAUCGAUCCCGACUGGAAGCCGAUAGUACGGGAUUGCGUGUUCGUCAUCUUCGAGAAGAUGCUUCGGAUCAAACUCGGCAAGGUUGAGGAGAAGGUGAACCUGGAUACCAAGAAAGUUAAGGAAAAGUAUAUGGGGUCGAUCACGAAGCCGGUGUGGAAGCGCAAGCAGCUGUCGCGGCUCUACAGCAUGAUCGACAUGUCUUUUGAGGAAAAGCAGACAGAGAUCACAGACGAGAUUUUAAGAUUAGAGAAACAGCACAUAUUCAGCAUGCAGUUCCAGCUGACGAUCACGUUCAGCGCCGAGCCGGCCAGCGCCGUGCUGGGCGUGCGGCUGGCCGCCGGCGACGCCAACGCCUUCCGCGACUUCGGCAAGUUCUUCAUCUCCAUGAUGCAGGGCUGGUUCCUCUGCGCGCUGCGGCCGUACGCGCGGCCGCCGGACCGCGACACGGCGGCCAAGAUCGCCGACACUGUUGCCAUGCUGGAAGCCGGCGACCUGCCCGAGGACUCCGACGAGGAGUAUUUCCCGCGCGCGCUGCUUCCCACGCGCGCCACGCUCGCCUCGCGCGCCCAGCCUGCCCCACCUGACGCCGUCUGACACCGGCUUCGCAUCGAGCGGCUCGUAGCCGGCUUGAAGAAUCGAUCCAUCGUUAGAUAUAGUGAAUACAGAUUAUUUUAUUGAUAAGCUAAGACGUUCUGUUUUUUAUCAUUAUUGUGGUUUAUAGAAACCUAUUUUAAUUUUGUAUGCGUUUCAAUUAUUGUUCCGCCUGGCCUUGACGCUUUUUCUUAGGAUUUUUUGUACUUUAUUAAUUCGUAUCGUCGUUCCAAUUAAUUUACUAUUAAAAAUUAAAUAUUCCGAUUAAUGAAAUACUUCAUCGAAUGUAAAAUGUUAAAAUUUAAGGACAUAAAAAAUUGUGCUGUUUAUUGUUUAAAUGUAGCGUUCAAUUGUAUUCCUGUUUUUACUUUUCUACGACUAUCUUUUUAUUAGAAUUAUUUUAUUACACAGACAAGAAUCCUUACUACUUUUUAGUGAAAAGGCAGCAGGGCCAGUUUUAUUUUUGUAUUAUUCGCGCCACCGCUUUCGUUCAGAAACCAUACUUGUACAUAUCCAUAGUCAAGAAGAAACCUCUCACCUUAGCCUAUG